AUGGCAAUUUCUGUUUCAAAGAAAAAAGCUAAGAUUAACAAAAAAGUUGAACAUAAAGAAGAAAGUUUCUUUUUUUCUUCUUUUUUAGCUAAAUUUUUGUUUAGAAUUCCAUCUAUAGUUCUUGUCUUGAUUCUUAUCUUCAUAUGGUCUUCUUCUACUACUAUUAUUUCUGGUAAAGUAGUACAUAUUUGCAUCUCAUCGCGUAAACUCAAUGAUCUUUAUUGCAUUUCUGCUGGCACUGAACCACAUCUUGAUACCGCGAUUUCUUCUCUAAAUGGUACUUCUCCUUCUGUUUUUGUUGAUCAGAAGGACAUCGCGUCAAGAGAAUAUACUCUUCAAGACACUGGAACAGCAAUAGUCGAUGAAAGUUUCACAUCAAAUGAUACCAUGUCAAAUGUUGUUGAUGUUUCAGUACAAAAAUCUAGAAACAAAAGUGUUUCUUUCAGAAACAACAUGGUUAAAAGUGGUGAUGAGGAACUAGUGAUCGCUUAUAAUGACGUGGAGGAUCAAUUGCAGGUUCAUCGUUCAUGGGCAGCAACGAGCAAUACUAAUGCAACGUGUGAUGGCAGGGGAAUCUAUGUGUAUGAUUUACCAACAAAGUUCAACAAAGACUUGGUAGCUCAAUGUGCAGAUAUAAAUCCUUGGGUCAACCUCUGCAAGUACUUCAGCAACGAUGCAAUGGGCGAACCAAUACAGAAUCUUGGCACAGGAUGGUACCAGACACAUCAGUAUUCACUAGAGCUGAUAUUUCAUUCUCGCGUACUGAAUCAUCCUUGCAGAGUUCACAAUGCAGAUGAAGCAAAACUGUUUUAUGUGCCAUUUUAUGGUGGACUUGAUGUCUUAAGAUGGCAUUUCAAGAAUGUAUCCAACGAUGUCAAGGACUCGUUGGGAGUAGAACUUGUAAGAUGGUUAGAGUCACAGAAACAUUGGUUUCAAAAAUCAGGUAAUGAUCAUGUCUUUGUUUUAGGUAAAAUUUCUUGGGACUUCAGAAGAUAUAGUGACACCAUAUGGGGGAGUAGGUUCUUGGAGCUAGACGAAAUGCAGAAUCCGGUUAAACUCUUGAUUGAACGACAACCAUGGCAAGUUAACGACAUAGGAAUACCACAUCCUACUUAUUUCCAUCCACAAUCAGACAAUGACAUAAUCGCGUGGCAGGACAGAAUCAUCAGGUCAAAUCGAAAAAGCCUAGUGUCCUUUGCUGGUGCAGCAAGGCCUGAUGCACCAGAAAACAUAAGGUCAAUCUUGAUCAGCCAAUGCACAUCAACCAAAGAUCAAGAAUGUAGAUUCUUGAACUGCAAUUCAAGUAGCUGCAAUCAGCCUGAGUCAAUAAUAGAACUCUUCAUGGAAUCUGAAUUCUGUUUGCAGCCUCCAGGGGACAGUCCAACAAGAAAAUCAGUUUUCGAUUCGUUGAUAUCAGGUUGUAUACCUGUAAUCUUUGAUCCCUUUACAGCAUACUAUCAAUAUUCAUGGCAUUUACCACAAGAUCAUAAAAAGUACUCAGUUUUCAUAGAUCAAGAAGAUGUGAGGAAAAUGAAAGUCAAUGUUGUGGAGAGGCUUAUGCAAAUUCCAACAAAAGAAAGAGAGAACAUGAGAAGUUACAUAGUAUAUGAGUUGUUACCUGGAUUAGUAUAUGGAGAUCCAAAAUCUAAGUUGGAGAAAUUUCAAGAUGCAUUUUCAAUAACUAUAAACAAUUUGUUUCAAAGAUUGAACAAAUUGGAAUUAUGA